AUGCCAACCGCGACGACGACCGUUACAACGGCUGCGUCUGUCUCGACGGCGGACAUGCUGCAUCAUAAAGUGUCCAGCAAAGGUUCGUUGUCAACGGAGGCAACACUACAAUUACUAUACGACCGCGCGGCGAGAGCGUUCCUUCACCGGGACGUCGCAGUCACAUUCAAUUUGGUGAACUCUGCAUUUGCACUCCUUCCAGCUCCUGUCGCAUCCUCGCCUGAUCCCUUAGAUGUACACCGGAGAAAGUGGGACAUCCUCCGCAUCACCCUCGAGACCACCGUAUUCUCUUCAGCCCCCAACCUCGCAACUUUACCACAACCACUCAGAGAAUCUUUACUAUUGUCUCCCCAAUCAUUUGUUUCCAAUUUACAUGCUCGAUCUCUUGCAUUGUAUACUCCCUUAUCCGUUCCUCGAAAACCUAGCUCCGCUUUCCUUCCGCACCAAGUCCUCAUCACACUCAUCGCAUCUAGCCUCAACAUAAAUUGCCCCAAUAUUGGUCGCGAGAUAAUAGAGGACUGGUUGACAAACCGUAAUCUAUACGACUUCGUCCCUUUCACAGGCGAAGCGUACCACAAGGUCCUAGAACUCUACUGCUUGCACAUCUUACCUCGUUUGGGCGAGUGGGAAUACAUCAGAGAGUUUCUGUCGUACGAGAACGAGCUACCAUCUGAUAAAAUACGCGAACUACAUUUGGCACUCGAUGCUCAGCGUGCUCGAGCGCAAGAGAGUACAAAGAGGGAGACGCCAAAACCCGAGACUACUCCUUCCCCUACACCAAUACCCCCACCCCGCUCUCUAUCCCCUACCUCUGCAUCCUCCUCUUCCUCCUCUCUCUCCACCACAUCCACCCGCACCGUCGUCCCCGCAUCCACCCGCACCGUCGUCCCCGCAUCCCCCCGUCCCAAAAUCGCCCGUCAACAAUCCGCGUCUUCCACAUCAGCAGUUUCAGACGUCACCGUAACCAGAUCCCUUCGCCACCUCCACGAGCAAAGCACGCCCCGGGGAAGUCCUAGCGCAAGCCGCGUUCGCACCUCCCGCGUCCCCGGAGCUCUCUCAGUCGAUCAUAGUGGCGCCGCGCAGCCCCAAACGUCCUUUACGCUCAUCCGGUCUUAUUUCAGCCGCUAUUUCACAGCUAACAAAAUAGCCUCUUUAUCCGUUUUGUUCUUCCUAAUUCCUCUUCUGUCUUUGAUCAUCCGGAGGCGGCGGCGCGUGGAAACGCCCGCAGACCAGGUACGGAGGAGAUUGUUAGAAGCACGUGGGGAUUCUAUUGUGAGACGGUUAUGGAACGAGUUGGUUAGGGCAGUUUUGGAUACUGUUAGGAUGGGUGGUGGGGGACUUGUAUAG